UAUUCAAACAGAGAAUCUCCUCACUGUCACUCAGCUGAAUUCACAUCUCCUGCCAACAUGUCCUACAGCUGCUGCUCUAGAAACUUCUCCUCCAGCUCCUUUGGGGGUUACCUGCGCUCCCCAAGCUCCUCCUGUGGCUCUUCCCGCCCCAGCAACCUGGUCUACCGCACUAACCCCUGCUCUCCUAGCACCUGCCAGCUGAGCUCCACCCCCUCCAGUGGCUGUCAGGAGACCUGCUGUGAGCCCACCAGCUGCCAGACAUCCUGUGUGGUGGCCAGACCUUGCCAGACGUCCUGCGACCGCCCAAGGACCUCCACGCUCUGCAGUCCCUGCCAGACGACUUGCUCUGGGUCUGUGGACAUUGGGUCCAGCAGCUGCCGUUCCCUGGGCUAUGGAUCCAGAAGUGGCUACUCGCUGGGUUGUAGAUCCCAGGGCUUCAGAUCACUGGGAGUCUGUGGUUUCCCUUCUCUGGGCUGUGGAUCCAGAUUCUGGCACCCAACCUACUUGGCUUCUAGGAGCUGCCAGUCUUCUUGUUACAGACCAACUUGUGGAUCUGGCUUCUUUUGAUCACCUUAUUAAAAUUUAAUCUUGAUGUCCAUUCUCACCAAUGCCUCUACUUAUAACCUUAUUAUCUCCAUAACCUACAGGAAGAAUUAUCUUCUUAUUCUUAAAUUAUCAAAUCCUCACCUUGUCUCUGGCCCCAAAUACUGGCUGACAGACUUUAUUUGAAAAAUUCUAUAACUAAUGUACGAUCUGAAAAUAAAAUCUAAAGUCUGCAUUCUUCCCAAAUUGUAUGAAAAACCAAAUCAUUAU